UUCGCAACGCAACGAUUUUCCAAUUCCUAUACGAUUCGAAUCCAAAUCGUGUCCGGCGAGUGUGCAAGUGCUGUUCACCAUUGCAGCAGCAACAGCAUCGGAAAUUACAAAAACUACUAUAAAAAAAAAAAACAACAACUACAUAAGCAACACUGUCGUUAACAAGCAACAGAAAAUAUUUUAGAAUAUGCAACAGCCAAAGUGGCAGCUGAUUUAACAACAACGCCAAUAUAAAUACAUAAGUAUUGGCAUGGCAGAAAAAGAAAUUACAAGUAAAAUAAAAAUAAAAUAACAACAAAAAAGUUCACCAACGCCAAAAAGGUAACAGAAACCGUGUUGGGUAUUUUAAAUAAUUUCAGCAGCUUGGGGAAAUAGCGACAACGCAAUCACGAACUCAAUCUAUGCCCUAGUCAUCAAAAAUAUACACACGCAUACAUAUACAUUACCCGGAUCUAUAAAACAUCAGCACAAUUGACGCAAUUUGAGAGAUACCUAAAAGCAUUUCUAUUGGUGUCGUCACGAGCAAGAACAGCAUCAUCACCGCCAACACAGCUCCACAUUUCUGCUUUAAAUUGGAGAUUUUAGUUUUCACAACGAUUUUCCAUUUAAAUGCAUCAUCUGUAUCCGUCACUAAAAGGUGACCAAUUGUGUCCGCUGGGGUUUCAUCCCCAGACCCGCUAUCCAACACGCUGCAAACGUUGCUUUCGUGACUAUAAAGAGCAUGGCGGCCGGCGGGGUAUCGAAGAUGUGGCCGUCUCAUCACCAAACUUAACUGACGGCGGAAAUUCCAGACCAUCAUCACGCACAUGGACAUCUACACAUAAUUUGUCUUCGUUCAAUGGCACGGGGAGUAGCAACGAUAUUGUUGUUCACUUCAAUGUAGAACUUAAGCGGCGUCCACAAUCAUGGGCAUCCACACCGGACAUCGACGAGGCGGCCGACCAGGGUAAGAAGGAUAGCGCACGUGCCAGUGGUGGUCGUUCGCAGGAUAACGAUGUGGAUGUUACGGUAAAGCUGCCAGUGGCGCCACGAAGGCAUACAACAGCAUUGGAUAUAAAGGAGGCCGAAAAUGGCUCUUCGAAGACAACAUCGUCAUCCUCCACUCCAUCACCCUCGCGUUCUUCAAUUCCAGAGGAGUUGAUUAUCCUCUCCUCAGACAGCCUCGCCGAACGGGUACGUAAAAUGAAUUUGCUGAAGAAGCAACGUCAGAGCUCCCGAGAAUCCAGUCGUGAGCGUUCGGUUUCCAAGAAGAGCGAUGAUAGUGAUAACAAUUCAUCCAGCGAUGCUGAGAGUAAAGCGCCACCGGAUCGACCAGAACGUAGCAAAUCCAGCACAUCGGUGGCAGAAGCGGCUGCUAAACGUAAUUCGCUGCCACCAAAGAAGGUUUCAACGGCAUCCAGCACCGCUGCAACCACCUCAACAAGCACUUCCACAGCAACCGCCAGCAUUUCACCAAAAGCAGUGAGUGCACAAACGACUGCAGCAACAAGCAAUGGAACGAAAACGCUGAGCACAUCCGCCUCUGCAACUACCAAAUCGACCGCGGCUACUUCAACGACGUCAACAGCAUUGAAACAACAACAAAAAGAAGAGGCGCGUCGCUUGAAAUCUGCCCAAGAUGUGGAGUUCAUGCUGAAAAUCAAGGAUAGCAAGUUUGCACAAAAAAGACAAACGCACGACGCGAGUUCGCUUACGACGGAAACGACUGAAACCACUUUGGUGGGUCCGAACGAUCGAGAACUGCAGGAUGAGCUAAAGCGGCUGCGCGCCGACUACGAAGCGAUGAAGAUGCGUGCUGAGCGUGCCGAACGCGAUAAAAGUGACAUUUUGUUGCGUCGGCUCGCAUCGAUGGACACCGCCUCGAAUCGGACCGCAGCCUCAGAGGCUUUGGCAUUGCAACAAAAAGUCAACGAAAUGAAAGAGCAACUCGAAAAAGUCAAUGAAGAGAAGCGUAGGUUGAAUAUACGCAUGAAGGAUAUCGAGAACAAUCCGAAGGGCAACGAGUAUGAGUUGAAGCGCAAGCUGCAGGCGGCCGAGCAGCUGUGCGAAGAGUUGAUGGAGGAAAAUCAGGAUGCAAAGAAGGAAAUACUCAAUUUGCAAGCUGAAAUGGAUGAAUUGCAAGACACCUAUCGCGAUGAUGAUGUGAAAGCGAAAACAAACUUGCAAAAGGACCUGGAGAAGAUGACGAAAAACUGUCGCAUACUAAAUUUUAAGUUGAAGAAAUACGAACGCAAGGUUGAGAUAAUGGAACAAGAGAAGCAGAACGGCUACAACUCGGAUUUGUUAGCUAAGGUCGCUAAGCUGGAAGAGGAGCUGCGCUUUUCGAGUGAGCUGACGCGUAAAUUGCAAGCCGAAGCUGAGGAGUUGCGCAAUCCGGGCAAAAGAAAGACGCCUUUGUUGGGUAUUAUCGGCAAAUCUACAUCAGCGGAUGCGAGUCCACAGCCACCGUUGCAAUUGAUGCGCGACUUGCAAGAUUCGGUAGAACGCGAGUCUGACUUGAAGGACCAACUGAAAUUUGCAGAAGAAGAGAAAAAAGAGUUGCUUAAAAAGUUGAGCGCUAAAAUGGGCACAAACGUUGGCACACAAACAAUGGAACUCACUGAAGUGCUUUGCUUUCCGCGCGCCACACAAACGACGCGCGACUUUUAUCAGGAUGCCGCAACUGAAACCACUCCAGUGCUAAUUAAUGAUGCUUCGAUCAGUGUGUUGGUGGAUACCUGUGAAAAUCAAACCAACACUGACGCCAUUGAAACCAGCGAAGCUACCACAGAAACAGGAACGCUGGUUUACGAGACACGCGAAACCUCCACGGAGACAGUAGAGGUGUUAACUGUGAAAGAUGUUUGUGAAGCUUCAACUGAAACUGAGCUUGUUACGCAAAUUGACGCCACCACCGAGACGGAGGGUGGUGAAAAUUCGAUCGAAACUCAUAUUACUGUGCAGAAUUUGAAAUCCUACUGCGAUCGUGAGUGCUCGCCAUUCGCAACGGUGUUUGCCGCUGUUGCGCCUAGAGCAACUCCCGGCCUACUUUUCCAGUCCGCAAUGUCACAUGCUCUGAUGGCGAGCGCUGGUGCAGCAACACGCAAGCUGAGUCCCAUACCACAUCGUUUGGUGCCCGAGUCUGCCGCCGAUCGUGAUGAAGGCAUUUCCGAUGAGGACGAUCCCGCUGAGCUGCGCAUACUUCUAGAGCUGAACGAGCAGGAAGCAUCGAUUUUGCGGCAACGUGUUGAUGAUCUAGAGCGCGAGAAUCGUGAGACGAAAAAACAAGUGAGAGAGUUGCAAGAUCGAGUACAACAAGCCGAGGUGGGUGACAAAAAGCCCUCUUCAUCCUCUUUGCUUUCAUUCAAUUCGGCAACAACGAGCGCAGCCGAUAAGAAAUUGAAAGCACUCAAUGAAGAGCUCAUGCAAUUACGUAAGACACUGUCGGACAAAGAUCGCACCAUCGAACGUCUGCAGGCGGAGACUGUUGCUAAAAUUGGUGCAGCACUGCCCCAAGAUGCCAAUAUAGAUGCGAAGCGACAGUUGAAAUUAGUGGAGCAAGAAGCAUCGGUGUUGCGUUCUAAAAUUACAACGUUGGAGAGUGAAAACGAAAAGCUGCUAAAAGAUAACAAACGCAUGCAGUUGCAGGCGCUGCGCAAGAGUUCUUCUUUGGAUAAGAAUGGUACAAAUGGUGAGGAGCUAACGAAGUUAAAAGAGUCAUUGGAAUCGAUGGAACGCGAGCGUAAUGAGUUAGAUGGUAAACUAAAACGUAUUUUACUGGAAUCCGAGCAGAAGCUGCCGACGCGUACACCGAAACGUGUGACAGACCUCACGCCGAAGAAUCACUUGAAAAAGUGGGUGGAGGAGCUGGAAGAUGAGAUACGGGAAAUGAGAGUGAUAGUACUGAAUAGUGGUGGCGACAAAUUGAAGAUGCUUGAGACUGAGAAAACAGCCUUGGAGGAGCAGCUGCAGAAGGCAAAGCAACGUCUGAAUAUAGCUGAAGGUGACAUUGAACGACUAAAAACAUUGACCAGCUCUACUCCUAAGCUAAGCGAAUUGGAACAUAAGCUGAAAAAAUCAGAUGACGAAGCCAGAAAGCUAAGUUCCAAAGUAAAAGAUUUGGAAGAUAAAAUAAAAAAGCAAGAUAAUCAGAUCAAGCAAGUGGAAGCCGCCAAGUCCGCCUUAGAAACGCAAACCAAACGUGACAAGGAAAAACAGUCCGCGCUAGAAAAGGAUUACGAGAAGGACCGCAAAGAACGAGAAAAGCUCGAAUCGAAAUUGUCGCAGCUGGAAGCAGAUCUGAGCAGCGCUAAGAAGGCAGCAGAAAAAGCGAAAGCAGCGCAUGAAAAGGAAAUGAAGGAACUGAAGACUAAAUCUUCCAAAUCGGAUUCCAAACAAGUGCAGGAACUGAAAAAGCAGCUCGAGGAUAUGCAAAAUCAGCUAGCCGAUGAAAAUAGGCGCUAUCAGGAUUUGAAUUCGCAUUGGGAAAAGUUAUCUGAAGAGACGAUACUAAUGCGGGCGCAACUAACCACCGAGAAGAAUAAUAUGGAAGUGGAAAUCAGUUCGUUGCGCCAGAAACUAAGUGAAAUGGAUGAAAUACGCGUAGAACGCACAGAGAUGGCUAAGAAGCUGAGCGAAGCGAAAAAGAAGCUGCAAGAGGCUGAAGCGAAGCAAAUCAAGAAUGGUGCCUCGGAGCAUGAAAAGACAAUGCUGAAGAAUAAAUUGGCGGAGCGAGAGCAAGAGUAUGAUCGUUUACGAAGGGAGAAUGAGAUGAAUAUAGAUUUAGUAUUCCAAUUGCGUAAGGAAAAUGAGGACCUAAGUGGUAAAUUAAGUGAUUUUAAUCGCAUCGAACAGGCGCAGUAUUCGAUUAAUGAGCACAGUAGCAGUUUGCAGGCGGAAAUUAAAACGCUGAAAACGAAGCUUCAAAACUCUGAAUUGCAACUUAAGUCAGAGGUAGCAUCAACACGUCUGCGAUACGAGCAACAAGUCAAAAAUUUAAGUGGCGAACUGACUUCUAUGCAGCGCCAAUGUGAGAAGUUUAAGAAGGAUCGGGAUUCCUUCAAGCAGUUGCUGGAAUCGGCACAAAAGAAGAUCGGCGAUCUCAAAGCCAGCAGCACAGGUCGCCAAAGUCGUGGCUCGAUGCACAGUAGUGAUGACGAUGACAAAAGCAAAAUUGCUUACCUUGAGCAACAGAUCGGCUGCCUAGAGGAUCAGUUGGUCGAGGCACGCCUCGAAGUAAGUAAGGUAAAGACGGAACUUGUAUCGGAGCGCAGCGCAAAUGAGAUCAAAAUAUCCGAGAUGCAAUCAAAACUAAAUGAAUUCGAAGAGGAACGUGUCAUCGGUUCAGGACGCACAAAAAUACCAGGUAUGAAGACAAAACUCGAACUCUCUUGGCAAAAGGAGCGCGAAGAUCAACAGCGUCUGCUACAAGAAACGUCAACAUUAGCGCGCGAUUUACGGCAAACACUGUUCGAGGUUGAGCGUGAGCGUGACAAAGAGCGAUUGGAAUCCAAACGUCGUUUGGAUCAAUUGAAACGCUCUACCGAAGAGGAGAUGGAGGAAGGACGACGCAAGAUCGCUGAAUUGCAAUGCGAUUUGCUGGAGCUGCGUGACGUACACGCCAAACUGCGCACAUCCAACGAAAAGCUGCGACGCGAACGUGAACGCUACGAAAAAGAGUUGGUGAAACGUCGCAUGGAACAGGAUGGCGGUGAGCGUAAAGUUGGCGCGCUGCUACAAACUGUCGAUGAAUUGGUGAAGAUAGCGCCAGACCUGAAGAUAGCGUCGGCAAGUAGCCGCUCCUCUUCGAGCAGUGGUAACACAUUGCGGCCUGAACAGGCAGGUACAGCACGGCAGCGUAGUCGUAGUCCUUCACCAAAUAGCGCUCUAAAUAAUAUGCAAAUUACAAAUGUACUUGCACGACUGGCUGAAGCAUCUGAAGAGCUGCGCAAGUUCCAACGGCUCAACGAAGAUGAGAAUGAGCGUACGCGCAUGCGACGCAGUAAUUUGCGACGCGCUGCAUCACAGGAAAACGAUCCGCACGGCAGUCAGAGUUCGGUGGCAAGCGCAGCCGGCUCGACGCGCAAUGGUGCGAGAUUAACGCGUACCUCGCCGCAUAAUGGUAGUUUGAUAAGGAAGAGUCUUUCAUUGGAUCAUUCGAUACAGAAGGAUCAGAAUAUUUGGCGUCAGGAUGAUGGCAGCGUCUCCUCAAUGCAGUCCAUUGAUUCCGAAUUGGGUGGCAUGGUGCGUGACGGUAGCUUUGACUCACGUCUAUCCGGUGGAUCCACGCAAAGCGACAUACCACGCGGUCCGCGCAAGAAGAAGAAGAGCUUAAUGGGCAAAUUACGAAGUCUAACGAAGAGUAGUCGUAAUUCCGAGAGUGAAGUUUCGGUUCAAGGAUCUGACUCUGACAUUAGUGUGGCCAGUGAUAUGCGCGCCAGCAAAAAAGACUUACGUGGCCGCUUGUCGGGUAUGUUUAAGCGUGCCGGAUCGACGUCGCGUAGCGAGAGCAUCGAACGCAUGGCAUCCGAGAAUCGUCCAGUGGCGGUGACAGUAGUCGGUGAUGCGGAUGGUCCCCAACCACGUGAGCCUCCUCCUGCAAAUGCUGCCACCGCUAAGCCAAUAAGAGCUGCGAUAAAACCGCCGACGCCUACUACGCCGCUGACAAAACGUCGCGCUGCAAAAUAGGUGCGCACUUUUCUAUUUUCUGUAUUAGAAACUCGUUCCAAGCUACGGUAUUUCUAAAUCCUACAAACAUACAUCCACGCAUACAUACAGAUUUUUCUUAUGUCAUAAUUUUUUAAUUGCCUGAUUUGGUGGUGAAAAGCGUACGCCAUAUUUUCGCUAUAUAUUGAAGCUGGUUGGCUGGCUGCAAUAGCGCUGUCCAAAUUGUACCCCAUUCCUGACUGCAGGAGUUUGUUAAAUUUUACCGCAUUGCGUUCAGUUUCAUCAAUAUACAUACAUACAUAUAAUCUACGUUUUGCUAUUUAUUUUAUUUAUUUAA